CACGUUGCUGGUGGAAUCCGGUUUUGAGGUUUGCUCUGGACGGUCCCAUCACAUCUGUCUGCCCGCGCCAUGACCAAGGAGGAGAACAAGGGUUCGGCCGAGGACCAGGCUCAGUCCAAGAAAGCCCUGAAAAAACAACAGAAGGAAGCUGAGAAAGCAGCAAAGAAAGCUGAGAAACAGGCCAAGUUGGUAUCUGAACAGCAGACAGAUGAGGGAGAGGACUUUGCUAAGGACAGAUAUGGGGUACCCACAAUGAUACAGUCUCAAGAGAAACCAGAGAGAGCACUUGUCAGAGUGAAAGACCUGACGCCGCAGAAGGCCGAUGAUGUUGUCUGGGUCCGGGCUCGUGUCCAUACCAGCCGAGCAAAGGGAAAGCAAUGUUUUCUGGUCCUACGUCAGCAGCAGUUCAACGUCCAGGCUCUGGUGGCUGUGGGAGACUGGGCGAGCAAGCAGAUGGUUAAGUUCUCUGCCAACAUCACCAAGGAAAGUAUUGUAGAUGUGGAGGGUGUUGUGCGGAAAGUUGACCAGAAAAUCGAGAGCUGCACUCAGCAAGAUGUCGAACUUCACAUUUCUAGGAUCUAUGUAAUCAGUGCAGCUGAGCCCCGUCUGCCACUACAGCUGGAAGAUGCAAUGCGGCCUGAAGGCGAGGGUGAAGAGGAAGGAAGAGCUACUGUAAACCAGGAUACUCGGCUGGACAAUAGAGUCAUUGAUUUAAGGACAUCCACAAGUCAUGCUGUGUUCACCCUGCAGUCAGGUGUAUGUCAGCUAUUCCGUGAGACUCUGAGCAGAAAAGGAUUUGUGGAAAUACAGACUCCUAAAAUUAUAUCUGCGGCCAGUGAAGGAGGAGCCAAUGUGUUUACUGUGUCCUACUUUAAAACCAGCGCCUACCUAGCCCAGUCGCCACAACUCUACAAGCAAAUGUGUAUUUGUGCCGAUUUUGAGAAGGUGUUUUGUAUUGGGCCAGUAUUCCGUGCAGAAGAUUCCAACACCCAUCGGCACCUGACGGAGUUUGUCGGCCUGGAUAUUGAGAUGGCAUUUAACUAUCACUAUCAUGAAGUUGUGGAUGUGAUUGCAGAAACCCUGGUUCAGAUAUUUAAGGGAUUGCAGGAAAGAUAUCAGACAGAAAUACAGACAGUGUCCAGACAGUUUCCUUGUGAGCCGUUCAAAUUCCUGGAACCCACCCUACACCUGGAGUACCGUGAGGGGGUUGCUAUGCUGCGGGAGGCUGGUGUGGAAAUGGGUGAUGAAGAAGACCUCAGCACUCCUAAUGAGAAACUCCUUGGACGGCUGGUCAAAGAAAAGUAUGAUACAGAUUUUUACAUCCUUGAUAAAUACCCCUUGGCUGUGAGACCCUUCUACACAAUGCCGGACCCCCAGGAUCCAAAAUAUUCCAACUCCUAUGACAUGUUUAUGAGAGGUGAAGAAAUCUUGUCCGGCGCCCAGAGAGUGCAUGAUGCACAACUGCUGACGGAGAGAGCGCAACAUCACGGGAUUGACUUGGAAAAAAUCAAGUCAUACAUUGACUCUUUCCGGUAUGGAGCUCCACCUCACGCUGGCGGCGGCAUUGGUCUGGAACGAGUCACCAUGCUGUUCCUAGGGUUGCAUAAUGUCCGACAAACCUCCAUGUUUCCUCGUGACCCCAAGAGACUCACCCCCUAAGCGCACCUCAAUCUGAAGUCACCUGCUAUCAUCCGUUAUAUUGUAGACCAUAAGCUGCACAAGUAAUGUCUCUGCAACGGACUGCCAACCUGUCCUGAAGUCCAUAGUGCUGACAGUGCUGUGUUUUCUGUAGAUGAUGUGUAAUGGCCCCUUUAAUAUAGUGAAUAGAACCUGGGUGUUUUCUCUGGGCCAGAAGUCAACGAACUCUUAGAAUAACAGUUCAGAAAACUGAUACAUUUUGUAUCAGAAAAACAAUACUAAAACUCUGUCGGACUUUAACAUGUUUUAAACGUACAAUACGACCAUCAUUUUUUGUAAAGAUGAUUUGAAAGAUGUAAAGUGCAGAUCACUGUAAUAAAAUAGCAAGUGCAUAUAUUAAACUAUUAAAUAAUUUUA